AUGGAUUCUGAUGGUGAGCUUCAAAUAUGUGAACAAACUGAUAAUAAUGGAAGUCAAAUUGAACAAUCAUAUUGUAUUAAUAAUGUAACAGAGAAAGAUCAAAUUUUAAAAGAAUGUCAUCCUCCAUCUGAUUGUUUAAAAACUUUAACUCAAUCUAAUAAUAUCAAUGAUAUAAUUAUGAAAGAUGAAAUAUCAUCUAAAACACCAAAUAUUAAUGUAAAUAACAGGAAAAGAAAUGCUCAGGGUAUACAAAAAAAAAUUAUUACUCCAUUAAUGAAAAAUGCAUUAAAACAAAGUAAGAAGGAAGUGUUAUUGUUAGAUAAGAAUACUCAAAAAACAGAAAAAAAUAAUUUAAAUCUUCCUACUAUAAAUGAUUCUGAUGUUACAAAAAAGGAAGAAACAAAAUCUAGUAAAAUACGAAGUGCUAUUUGUAUAGAUAUAUCAGAAGCUCCACCUGUAAAAAUUCCCAGAAAACCAAAACCAUCAAAUUCUUUAUUGAAUAAAAUAUCAAAUGUUAAAUUGACUAGUUCUCGUGCUACAACUUCCGCCACUCCUACUGUAUCUAAUACCACAGAAAAAACUACAAAUCCGGAAACAGUUGACCGACAACCAUCGAAUUUAAUUAUCAGUAGACUUAAGAAACAGUUUAAUUGUUCUAAAGAGGAAGCUGUUAGAAAAUAUGUUGAAAAGUUCCAAAGUAAUGAGAUGCCAUGGAUACCAAAUUUUGUCUUUCCUGGUAAAAACCAUUUUACUAAUUUAUCAGAUGCAGAUCAUAAACGUUAUGUUGCCAUUAUUAUGAACUUAAUUCAACAAAAUCCUGAAUUUCGUUUUACACAUAAUGUUACUGAAUUGAAAGAUUUUGAUAAUCGACUAGUUCCAGAAAGAGCACUCUUUCAUAAAAUUUCAUUUGAAGCUAUUGAUUCUAGAAAAAAAUGUUGUUAUCAAUUUAGGUUACCUUAUUGGAAGAGGAUGAUGUAUAUGUGUGCUGAGGCAAGGUCUAAAGAUAUAAAGAAUUUUAACAGAACAGAAUAUGAAACUAUUGAUAAUUAUGAAUGUGAUUCUACUAUUGAACCUUUACCUUUAAGUCUAUUAACUAUAGCUAAAGAAAAUCAUGGUGAGGGUCCAAUUAUUAUUUUACCAGAUCUUAGAAAAAAAUGUGUCUUUGAUUCAAAAAUAGUAAAUGAUAAAAAAGUUUUUCACAAUGCUAAUAGUAUUUUAAAUGAUAAAAAUGUAGAAGUUAUUUCAUCAAAUUACAAUACUAAAGUUGUCAUGGAUGUUUCUACAUUUUCGAGGCUUUUAAUUGGAAAAUGGGGAUGUGAUAAUUUAGAGUAUGCAUUUCCUGUUACUGUUACAAAAGAAUUUAUUAAUGGUUCUCUAGAAAAUGUUGUAACUAUUUGUAAAAAAAUACCUGCCGGUUCAACAUCAACAAGAACUUUGGCACAUCGAAUGAUGAAAUAUGUUGUAAGAGGAGGAGUAGAUAAAAAUUAUUUUGAUGUACCACAGGAAGUUUCUAAUACUUCUGAAAAUAAUUUAGAGGUAAGUGAUUUUGCUCCCUCCUCUCCAACUAUUCCUACUUCACCAAAAAAUGAAGAUAAUAAUAUUAAUCAAAGUUCCGGUGAAAAUAUGAGUGAGCAGAAAAUGAAUGGAAAUAUUAAUUCUAGUCGUGGAAAAGUAUAUCAUGUUUUAAAUUUAAAUGCUCGUACCUCGGACCCCUUUUUCAAUAUUUUAAUUCGUUCAAAUUGUGCAGAAAGAGAUUGUUUUGGAAACAAAAUGUCUGUUUCUCAUCAUAUAGAAUAUUUCCCGGAAGUUGGGGCUGAAAAUUUAUUUCCGGAAGAAAUUGUUCAAAAUUACAUAAAAUGCUUUUUUAGAGAUGCAAGUCAUUCAGUUAUUUUUAGAAUUCAUAAUUCAACAUGUAAUGUUUUACAAAAAGAAUUCAUUGAUCUCAAUAGAUUGCAAACUCGAGUUCACAAUGAAUGUUUAAAUAUAUGGAAAAGUGGUCUUCAAAAAGUUAGAAAUAUAUUAAUGAAAUUGAUGACUGUCUCAGGGGGUGAAUAUUUAUUACAAGAGGAUGGAAACAGUUAUAAACUAUAUUCUGAAGCAGAUACAUUUGAAGGUGAUACUGAAGAAACACAAAAUUAUUUUCGUAAUGCUUUAAAAGAAACAAAUGAAGAAGAUCGUUUAAUUCGAUGUCGUGAACUUAAUUCAUCUGAAAUUUUCAAUGGUAUUUCGUAUCAUGUGCCUUUAAUGUGGAAUUUUGUCCUAUCUCGAAUACCAGGUUCACUUCCAAAAAGAAAAAGUGCUAAUCAAACAAAAUUUCAUAAUAAUAAAGAAAAACAUAAAAAAAAUCAUUGA